UUUGUCAUUCAUCGUGAAGUGGAAUUGCGAUGGCAAAAGCUUUCUUAAAACCUGGAGAAGUUUCUUCAAGGAAGCAGUUUCAAGAACCAAAUUCCUCACGACUUCUCGGAAUAGGAGAAAGUUCCUAUGAUUAUGAAUCCAUUAUCGCUGCUUCUAUGGUUGCAAGAAACACUUCGUUGCCUAUCCACAACUACAAGGAAGCUUUGUUAUAUGCUGUUAAGGAAUAUAGAACAGUCGUCGUAGUUGGAGAAACUGGUUCUGGGAAGACGACGCAGAUACCACAAUACCUUCUAAAAGCAGGUUGGACGGAUCAUGGCAGAGCUAUUGUGUGUACGCAACCACGUCGAAUAGCGACAACUGCGGUUGCAGCUAGAGUUGCAGAAGAAUUGGAUGAAAGUAAGGGAACUUUGGGUGAAGUUGUAGGUUUCGCUGUUCGUUUCGAUAAUUGUUGGGACUCGGAAAGAACCAAAAUUUUGUAUGCUACUGAUGGAACUCUAUUACGUAUGAUGCUCACUGAUCCUCUGCUACUAAAGUUUCAAGUUGUUAUGUUGGACGAAGUUCACGAAAGAACUAUUGCUACUGAUAUUCUAUGUGGACUAUUGAAGAAAAUUCAAAGACUUCGGUCGGACUUGCGUGUCAUUAUUUCUUCGGCUACGGUGGAUGCCGAGAAAUUUCGAGACUUUUUUGAAACCAACGUCACUGAAGAUUGUUCAUCAAAUACAGCCAUUAUCCUUAGUGUGGAAGGGCGCAGUUUCCCAGUAGAUAUAUAUUACACGACAUAUCCUGUUCAAGACUAUCUUCAAGCAGCUUAUGAAACUACCUUAGAGAUUCAUAGAAAGCAGCAAGAUGGUGAUAUUUUAAUAUUUGUUCCUUCGAGUGAACAAGUUGAUCAUUUGUUGGAGCGAUUUCAGUCGAAUGAAUUUCAGAUAUGCAGUUUGAGAAAGGAUAGAAAACGUCUCUGUUGUGUACCACUUUAUAGUGGUCUUUCUUAUAGAGAGCAACUUGCCACAUUUCAACCUGCUCCUAGUAAUGAAAGAAAAGUGGUUGUGUCAACGAAUAUUGCAGAAACUUCCGUGACAAUACAAGGCAUUGUUUUUGUCAUUGAUACAGGGUUUUGUCGCAUGAGGGUUCAUUCUCCAGAAACUGGUAUGGACUUGUUGUGUAUUCAGUCCAUUUCACGAGCAUCAGCAGAUCAAAGAGCAGGCAGAGCAGGGAGAAGCUGUCCAGGGAAAUGUUAUAGAUUGUACACGGAGGACUGUUAUUGGAAAUUGUUGACAGAGAAUUCCGUUCCCGAGAUAUGCCGAACAAAUUUAGCAACAGCUAUUCUUCAACUCAAAGCCAUAGGAAUCGAAAAUGUUAUGAACUUCUCAUUUAUCGAUCCACCUUCAGCAAAAUCGGUUGCAACAGCAUUUGAGGUUCUUUAUGCCAUAGAUGCAAUUACCGAAGACGGUGUCUUAUCAGAUUUUCCAGGAAUGGUUAUGGCAGACCUUCCGAUGGAGCCCUUUUUGGCACGUACUCUUGUUGCAGCUAAGGACUUUGAAUGUGUGAGAGAGAUCAUUACUAUUAUUGCUAUGCUACAAGUGGAGCAAGUACCUGGAGACAGUGUUUUCAAGUAUUCUUCUUCUCGCGAGCACAAGUCUUUCGAGGCAGCUAGGAAGCCUUUUGGCGUUGCUGAAGGUGAUCUAUUGACCCUUGUCAAUAUUUAUGACGCCUUUGAAGCUUCUGGACAUUCAAUGAGGUGGUGCAGUAAUCACGGAAUUGUACCUCGGUUGAUGAAAAAGGCUCGGCUUUUGAGAAGAAGCAUUGCUUUGUCCCUUUCUAAUGUUAUGUAUGGUUUAUAUGGAUCAGCUGCACUGUCAAAGGCAGAUGGAUUGCUUUCACAAAAAAAUCCCGAUCCCUCAAGUGUCAUCAAAGCAACUUUGAAAGGAUUCUUUAUGAACUCUGCCGUUGUGCAACCCGAUGGUAGUUACUUGACAUUGGUUGGGAAGAGGAGUGUUACAAUUCAUCCUUCCUCAGUUUUGGCAAGUAGGCUUCCAAAGUAUAUUGUAUAUUGCGAAAGUAUUCAUUUGAAACGAAUUUAUAUUCGAAAUAUUACAGUGAUUGAACCACAAUGGCUUAUACAAGUUGCUCCUCAUGUCUUUGAAAAGAGAAAAUCUCGCAUAGAAGAGAAGUGGAAAAAUUUAAUUUCAGAAUGAUGAACAUAUAUUUGUAUAUAAGUAACUCUUAACAUUCUUA